AAAGCCAAAGCAAGCAAAGCAGCAGCCACCAAACUAUUUGACCCCACAUAAAAUCCCCCCAUUAUUAGACUCAAACUAACCACCCUGAAAUUAUUUCCUAACCGAAAAAAUUAAAGGAAAAAAAAAAAAAGCCCCCAAAUAAAUUGUUUAAUGACAGCUCAAAAACAACUAGCAAUUGUUGCAAUUUGGUUAUCCACUUCAAUUAUCCACAAAAUUCAUUGAAUUAAUUUAUUUACUGUAUUAUUCAUCACCUUUUUUCUGGGUGCCUCAAAAGGUUUCAACUUGCGUUGAAUUUGUUCAAAGUUGCAAGAUUUUUUGUCUGCAAGCUAUAAAUUGGGGUGAUUUUGGUUGCUAAACUAUUUGGGUUUUUGUUGGGCAUAAACCUUUUUUUCUGGGUAUCUGAAAAAGUUUUCAACUUUGCAUUUACAUUUUGUAUCAAAGGGGUGCAAAUUUGUGUGUAAUUGAAGAAAGUUCUGGUGAAAUUGGUUGUUGAAACAGUUGGGUUUUUAUUGGGCGUAAUCAUCUUUAAGUUUGCAUUCGAAUUUGCAAAUUUGUGUUAUUUUUUGAAGAAAUCUCUGGUGAUUUAGUUGCUGAUAUUGUAAUAUAUUUUUGGGCACAACUAAAUAUUUUCUGGGUGCCUGGAAAAGUUGUAAUUUUGCAUUUGAAUUUUGAAUUCAAGGGGUGCAAAAUUUUCGUUCGUUUGAAGAAAUAUCUGGUAAUUUUGGUUGCUGAAAUAGUUGAAUAUUUGUUGGGCAUAAUCUAAUUGUUUCUGGGUACCUUUAAACGCAUGAAACUUGCAUUUAAACUUUGUCCAAAGGUGCAAAAUUGUUUUUUUGCUGAAAUAGUCGAGUGCUUUUUCUGAGUUCAUCAAUGGCGGAUUUGGGGAAGGAAGAGAAGGUGGGAGGUGGGUGUGAGAAGGAGGAAGAAGAGAGUUUAAUUGAAGGUGUUGCAGUGUUGGAUUUUGAUAUGUUGUGUUCAACGGUUGCUAUGCAAAGCCAAGGAAAAUGGAGGUUAUUUGAAAAUGAAGAAGAAGGUGAAGAUGUUGGAGGAGGUGGUGGGGUUUUGAGGAUGUGGGAAGGUGAAGUUCUUGAUUGUUUCGAUGAUCAUCGAAUUGCCAUUGAAACUCUCUGUUGUCCAUGCUACAGAUUUGGGAAGAACAUGAGGCGUGCUGGUCUAGGCCCUUGUUUCCUUCAGGGAGCUCUCUGUUUUAUUCUAGCCAUGUCAGUAGUUCUCAGCUGUGUUGCCUUCAUAGUAACCAGGAGACGCUGUUUUCUUUAUUUGACUAUCGCAUUUACCAUGUCCGUGGGAACAUACUUGGGCUUCUUCCGCACGCAGAUAAGAAAGAAGUUUAAUAUUAGGGGUAGCGACAAUUCAGUGGAUGAUUGUGUUUACCAUCUGAUUUGCCCUUGCUGCACCUUAUGUCAGGAAUCUAGAACGUUGGAGAUGAAUAAUGUUCAAGGAGGCACUUGGCAUGGACGGGGCGACACAAUAUGUAUAGGAACUGUUGGUGAAGGUAGAAAAGCAUUUGUUGAGCUACAUCCCCCGCCAAUAGUUUCAGCAGAGUUUCACGAAACCAAUGCAUCACCAAAGGGUGAAGAAGAUUUGCACAAUCAAUGUUGAGCUGAAAAUUCUGGCACAAACCAUUUGUAAUGUAUGCCUUACAAGAAGGCUUGAUUUGUGGAUUCUCAUCUGCUAUUUGGAGAAAAAUCCCUUAAAGUCAACUUGGGAUUUGAGAGAUGUGUUUUGGAUUGCAGCGUGCACAAGAACAAGACCGUGGCGAAGCUACCUUGUCCUUGUCCGAUGAGAGAAUGUAUCUGCAGAUUUAAGAAACGUAAACGUGAUCCAGAAGUCUUGGAUCAGGUAGAAAAGGAUGGCUUAGGGUUGUUUGUUCCUAGCCUCAAUUGAAAUAUGCUGCUUCAUCAGGUUAGCAUUUAACCAAAAAUAAAUAAACUCUCAGGUUGUGUGAUUUGGUUGCAUUUGUUAAGUUAGCCGCUGUAUUGAGAAUUACCGCAGUAACCGGAGAUGGGAGUGUAUUAUGUGCUUUAUGGGUGGUUACUUUAUUGUGCAGCCCCAUAGUCCACGAGGCGUUGUAAACUUACUUGACCAUGCGUCAUAUUAUUUGUAUGGUUGCGAACUUUAUACGUACUGUUCUCGUUGCACCCGAAGGUCCAGAACAUUA